CAAUUGCCAAUAGCCAACAGCCACGUCAGGUGUAAUUCACGAUGUUUGGACUGUAAAAGCCGCCGUAUUUGCGAGUGAUUGUCACAGAUAUUUCCUGAUCUUCAAACAGUUUAAUACACUCGUUGAAUUCUCAUCAUGAACUUUAAGGUAUUGAGCAUUUUGGCUAUGGUGGCCAUGGUCGUCUUCACGACGACAGCCAAUCCAGCAGCACCGGAGGAACAUGCUUCCGAAAUGGAUGAAGAAUCUGAACACGCUUCGAAGGAUCAUCACGCUGCUGCUGGAAAAGCCGCUGCCGCCCACUCUCACCACGUCAAAAGGGUAAAGGACGGAAAGAAACAUCACGAGCCCAUCAACAGACAUCCCCGUGGAGUGAAAGCUGCCCCCCAGCAGGCGCAACCGAAAGGAGUCAUCGCACCAAAACAGGCAACACCCAUCAAAGCCGGAGCCACCGCACCGAUCCAGGCACCACAGGGUGCGGGUGGGUGGUGUGGAAAGGGUGCUGCGGGUGGGUGGUGUGGUUAAGAGCUGUUGGCCCUAGAAGUUUGUCCUAUAAGAAGCCUAGCGCUAGGCAGCGCAAAAAAACCCUUUGUCGGCUAGUCCAGCGCUCAAGUUCAACAUCUUCUUCACCGUCGAACCCGGCCUUCCUCCUCUGACGAUCCACUUUUCAUUUUUAUUAUUUCUUCUUGUGUUGAUUCGUGUUAAAAACUAACCAGUUUUGCUAAAUACGACAACAAAAUUACUGCAGAUUA